AUGGCGCCUGAUCUCGUUUCGUCGUCUCGUAUCCCUCGUGCUCCUGUACGACCAGGAGGAGGACACGCAAGAACUCCGCUCUGCUUCUCGGCUGGGCUUGCCCUUUUAUUUGCCGUACGCCUGCAGCUCUUGUUCGAUGCAGGAGCUGCCCCGCUGGUCCACCUCGCAAUGGGGCUCCAGGGUGGAGGACGAAAAGCACAAAGAACGAACAACCCGAAUGGGGCGAGCAGGUCGGCGCCGGACAUCAUGGAAAGUGUGAAGAUGACUGCGUACUGCUGGCGGCUUGCAGCUGAGGUGCAGCUGACCUGUCACGAGCAGAGCACUUCAUUUGACGCGAAUGUCGAACGCGAGGCCAAGUUGGCUAAAGUCCGGGAUCUCUCGAAAGCAAUGUCGAUUAAGGAAAAGGUGGCCCGCGUAACAAGAGCAGCGGAGAUUGUAAGUAACCGUAUGCAGGACGCAAUGGCUUCGAGCGGAGUCCUCGAGACGAUGCAAAAGCAAAUUGACGAUGGCACACUGAAAACGUUAUCCGCAGUGAAAAGGGAGAAGCAGUUUCCCGCCAGAGUGUGGGACUGGUGGCUGAGCCAAAAGAGCGAAAAGCUAUGGAGUAGAGUUUUGCUCGUUCGGGCAGGCGCGCGUUGCUUUGGCGCGAGAAAGCAGCUGCGGCAGUCGACCUACCAAGGCAGAGACGUUUCGUGCGAGGAGGAGCUGUACGGACCAGGGGCGGCCGCACGACGAAGAACUAGCAGCGAUGAUGCUGCGAAAUUGAAAGCCCAAAUCGAUCACGAUUAUGCGGUUGGCAAGUUCACGGACGACGGGUUGGUGGAAUUGCUGACCACUGCCGACAAAGCCAGCAAGAAGUUCGAUCAACAGUACAAGCAAAAAGUGUCCUCGAAUCGGCACCUGUUCAAAAACUUGGAUGCCGCACCUGGAGCUGCAGGAGGUGGCGUCCCUUUAGCUCAAGCUCGUGGUGCGAAACAGCAGGGGGCGGGCGCGACCGCCUGGGAUGCUUUCAGCCCCACUGAAGAGGACGAGGAAACAAGCGAGGACGGAGGCUCAACCACUGCGUCGAACGACGAACAAGGGGGGCGGCCGUCUUACUCCGGCGCCGGUCCGCGUGGUGGGGGAGGGAAUCGUGAAGAACGGCGCGGGCGCAGGACUAGAAAAGCAGAGCAACGCAGAGAGAGACUGCUCGAGAAAGCGAAGGCCCUCGCCGCGGAAGCAGAAGAGCGGGAUCUGGAGGCGCUGCUGGGUCAGUUGUCUCAGGACGGGGAUGAGGAGUACAAGCAGGCACUUGAUCAGGCCCUGCAGCGGCCGGAGUUGGUCCCUGCGUCGGUUACAGCAGCACCGAAACGCCCUGGAAGAGCAAGAGGCACCGGCGCGCACGCGACCACCGCAGGCUCUGACGCCCGCCUGGACCGUGAUAUCCCUAGCCCCGCUGCUGCUCUCGCUGCGAUCUCACGUCGGGUGCAACAGAUUCGACGGCGGAGUGCGAGUGGACGAGGAAUGGUCGACGCAGAGCUUGUCUUGGACGUGUUCAUUGCCUCGCUCGGAACGCUGUGCAGAGACGUAUAUGCUGGCCUGCCGUAUUUCCGUGCGGAGCGGAUGGACAUGAUGAGCCUAUAUUUUUCUGGAGUGCUUUCCCUCAACGAGGUAUGACAGUGCACAACUACUCCUCCCCGUCACAAUUACUAUCUAUUAUAUUCAUGCGAAAAAAGAGGUCUACAGAGGAUAGAAGAGAGGUGGCCGAGAGGUCAAAAAGAGGUGAAAAGAGGUCAAAAAGAGGUCCACAGAGGUGGAGAGGUGGCGCGGGAGGUCAUUCGUGAGGGUGGCCGAGAGGUGGCGCGAGUAUAGCCAGCCGAACCGGUCGCCCUAAAGCCGCGCCUAUGGGGCCCGGAGGUGGCCGAGAGGGUCCAGAGAGGGUAAGCGAGAGGGGGACAGAGGUGCCGAGAGGUUGCGCGAAUAAGGGCGAACCUCUCGCGCUCCCCCUGGGCCACCUCUCGGCCACCUCUGUAGACCUCUACCAGCGAGUAUAGCCGGAUUAUUAGCAACACCUCGCGGGAGAGGUCAGAAAGAGGGUCUGCGAGAGGGGUAGAAAAACCCGAAUCCGCCCGGUACGAGGCUGAUUCUUUUGUGGCCUUUUCAUGCAUAGGCCCGAACCCUCUCGCGCACCCUCUCUCGCCACCCUUCUCGCGCCACCCUCUCGCGCAACCCUCUCGCGCCACCCUCCCGCGCCGGGCGGCUUCUGUUCGCCCCCGCCCAGUGUCCUUUGCAGCUGCUCCCGCGCAGAGCGCCCACAGGCGCGGGAAGCGCGCAGGUGGUCCUGCGGGUUGGCGCCGCGCAAACAAGCGGCAGGACCCCAGUAUGUUUCAUUAUGCAUAUUUAUUAGGCCUGUGGCAUUGUGGCCCGAUCCGCAAAUAGUCCUGCCCCGCCCCAACAGCCUUGCGCCCCGGCGUCAGCCGGGGCAUGGCUGGUUUUUCAUGAUGUAAAAUAUUACCCAGUCCACCGCUUGGCUGCCUCUUGGCACUGUUUGCAUGACAAGUUCUGGUAGCCCAAAUAGCACUAUACUCAAGUGCAAAUUUGUCAUGCAAAACCGGCACUCUUGCUGAUGCUUGUGCUGCCGUUGAUGCUAUACAAAUGAGGGGGAGGGGGGGUUGUGCACUGUUAUACGAACAUUUGCUGAAGGUGCUCUGCCCGGGGCCCCAGUACUACAGUAAAAAAUGCCCCGACCCCCAAAGUUGCAAAAAGUUGUGAUGCGAAGUUUCCAAAUGUUGAAAACUUUUUGUCAUGCAUGAAAGGAGUAUGAAUCUUUCUGAUGCAGAGUCUAGGCGCGCGCGCGUAAGUGAAUCGCAUCGCUUGCAUGACAAGCGCCGCUCUUGCUGGGAUCGUUUGCAAUACAGUCUUUUGCUAUUCACGAUUGGAAAUCUGUGACGCUGAUAGAUGCAAAAGGGCGAAUCAUUCGCCCGGCGAAUGUUUCAACAUCUGGAAGUGUUUGCAAUGCAAAUGCUCCUAAGUCCGGGUUUUGGGGGCGUUUUUCAUGGUAAUACCCAGCUUGAGCGGUCCAAGACCCAGUACAUGAGUUCCUAUGAAAAAAAUGUCGAAGUCGACGGGACCACCUAUAAUCCGGCCAUGUCGACCAGAAAGAACGAGAGUUAUGAUAUUAUGUCCGACAGCUUGCUGGUGAAGAGAUUUCUUCUGCAGUCGAAGACGAAUGGGUCGCUAUGAGAGCGCACAACUCCGCCUCGUUCCUAUUUCUCUUCAUGCAAAACACCAAUUCCCCAACAUACUUACCACUAUUGCGCAGCGGGCGCAUGAUCUCCUGUCGUUAUUAUGUAAGUUGACAAGCUCUUGCUCUUGUGUAUGUUCUUCUGGUGGAAUCCCAAAUAGCACUGCACUCCUGUGCAAAUUUGAUGUUAGGGAAAACCUGCAUAAUUUUCGACUGGCUCGCACACGCACUUGUAUAAAAAUUGUUGCUCAACAUCAUCAUGUGCAUCCUCUCGUGUAUGACAUACACAUGAUGAGUGGCGGGACGUCGAUAGGGAGUUGUGCAUGCUCAUAGUAGUCGCAAUUAAUGCUUCCUGAGGGUACCGAGGCGCGGGCCGAUCUUCAAAACUUGAAAAAAAUAGAAAACUGGCUGUCGGAGCACAAGCUCAUGCUGUCGGAGCUGCUUUCCACAGAAUAUGCGAGACGCACCCGAUAUGGAUGUGUCAGAAUCGAAAUCGACAAAAUCGAAAAACUUGUGAUGCGUGAAAUGUAGGGCACGGCUGAAGGCCGGUAUUGGGGAGCAGGCAAAUGAGCCCGAUUGUCAGCCUGUUUAGGGGUAUGCACUGUGCUUGCAGAAUAGCAUGACAGGAGCAGUCUUCUUUGUCCAAACAGCAUGACAGACUGGAUUUCGGUGCUCCCGAAGUUUGUCAUGCGCCGCCACUCGGAAACUGAGGCUCCAACUGCGGUAUCGAAUUUCUGCAUCACAAGUUUUUCGAUGUUGGCAAUUUCGAUUCUGACACUUCCAUACCCGAGGAGCGGUGUACAUGUGGGGUAUAGAGCAGGCCACAAGAAUGAAGAAAGCGGCGGACUUAAUAUACGUUUCCGAGGUUGAGGCUGCCCCCGCGCCUGACUUCCUCAAGGGCCUUAUCGCACCGGAUCUGCAAAAUCGGUGGACGGCCCUUCUGGACGCAAUCAUUGAACUGUGGCAGCAAGAGCUGAGGAAGGCUUACGCGCCCGAAGAUCGGUUCGGUGGUCCAUCAGGGCAGGCUCGGGAGCGGGUCGGGAUUUUGAAGGAGCUAGGUCGACUCGUAGCGGAAAGCCAUGGGAAGGGUUUCUCUGAACGGAUAGACGACCUUCGAAACAAGGUCACCGGCGAAAACUUUGGCCACUUCCCCGACGGGGAGCACGUUGCGCGGCUCAGUGAGACAACCACGAGGGACUUAGUAUGGCUAAAAAGGCGGUGGGAGAGUUGGCUCCGCGAGAAGGAGAAUAGAAAGCUGACAAGCAACCACGCGACACAACGAACGUUCGUCAAGGUGGUGAGACAGAUACAGGCGGACAUCUUAUUCGCUGGAGAGCCUCGGGCGGGACGCGAACCCCCAGAGCUCGAGCAGCUCGGGGACGACCAAAAAGCCCAGACAGCUCGACUCUCCAGUGGCGAAGCUCUGAUACGAGCGUGCAAAAUGCAAAACCGGACAACCUCAAUAGAAAAGCUCUGUCGUUGUUUGAGCAAAAAGAAAACUUUCAUUUUCGGACGUAUUUGCUGGGACCAGCUGCCCCUUCUCCUUAUUUCGGAUUUAGGUUGUCCGGUUUGCAUUUUGCACGUUCAUAAGGUAUGGGGCGACGACGAGGUGCCACAGGUUAAACGACCGUGCCCGCGGCCGAUUUUUUCGUACCUGAAAGAUGAAAGUUAGUAUGAAGCCAAGGGCCAAACAAGAAAGUGACGCUGUUUUGUUUCGGAGAUGAUUGAACAAAGCCCGCCUGAGCAGCAGGGCGAUCAACAUGCAUUUAUGUUGCUGCACUACUUUGCACGACAUGAAUUAAUCCUGUCACAGGCCGGCAGAACAUCCAUUAUUUCAGCAACACUUUACGAAGGCGAGCACGGGCAUGAUCGGGAUUGUUGCGCGA